AUGUUUGAAUUUCAACAAUACUUGCACCAACAAUUUUUUACCCACUCCAAUACGACUUCCACAGCUGGUUUGGUGUUAUCCCAAUUAACCCAACGACGGAAAUUGAUCACGGAGAUACCAAUUCACGUAGAUCAGGGAACUGGAAAUCCUCGGAGAAGCGAACUGACCAUGGGAGCAAUUAAACCACUGACGCUCACUUCCUCCAACAAAACCAUGGGACAUUGCCACUCUCAUAUGCCCAUACGAAGAACCCCUCCGAUUUUGGGUGGGCAAUACAGGAUCGAACCUAGAGAAGCCAGACUCUUUACAGUUUUCAUAAUAUGCCGUAAAAUUGAGCCAUACCUAAACAACUAUGGGAUGCCUACGUCCUUCUUCGAAUCCCACCGGUCCUUCACAUGUUCAUCUAACCCAGUUAACCGUGAUUUAAGUAUGGGGAAAUCUCGACAUGGUUAUAAGGAAAUGCACACUGGAUUCAGAUCCGACCUCUGGAUGAACAGCAAGCAUGAUAAAUUUCUACGCAACGCUGAACAGCAAUAUAUCACAUCCGAUAAAGCUCACGCGAAUGGCGCUCUGCGCGCUGCGUGGGAUGCAACAAGCAGGGGUGUUGUUCUUCUCAUAGCUUCCAUCGCGGAUCUGGACGGAGUAUAUGCCAAGCCACUGUACGCUGCAUCCAAGUGCGCCGUUGUUGGAUAUAUGAGAUCGUCCCCAACGCAUUACUAUAUUAAGGUUGCGCUGGAGCCGGAGCGCAUUGCUAUGGGCCAUGGUGAACCUAACCCAGAAGGGUGA